UAGGCAGGAUGUAAUACCCAUUGUAUAAAAGGCAGGUUUCUGCAAUGGUAUCUACCAGGACUGGUACAAAACUCAAUGCCAGAUGAGGCUCGGCAAUCACCAAGGCAGAAAUAUAUUUCGGGGUGGGGCCACACAAUGGCCACACAAUGGCUCACAGGAACAGCAUUGCUCCAUGGGAAAGACUGCAAGCCACACCAACCGCUGUGUCUCACGUUCGUCAAUUAAUCAUUGCUGUAAUACAGGAAGCUGACUGUCAAACGGGCAAUCAGCGCUUCACCCCCUUGUCAUUCCGAGACGUUUAUUUGAAGAGUGGAUGGAUUCAGGGAUACCAAGAUAUUUACACAGUAAGCAAUCGUUGUGAGUGGGGUACUCUGGGCAGCAGUAAUGAAAUCUGAGGACUGGUGCUCUUAUUCCCUAAGACUAUGACCUUGUUGUGCGCCAGUAAGGUACUCAGCAUGGACUCAUCAUUAAUACAAAGGCGGCUUUGGGUCUGUGCCAACUGAGCCUAGGCUACCGGCCACUGGCAGCCAGGCAGAGCGUCUAAUGCAGGGAGCAUUUAUCCAACAGCAAGCUGAGAAGCGAGAAACAAUCCAGACUUAUACAAUUAGAAUGCAAGCUGCUCUUUUCACACCUGUUAGGCCGGCUAUUUUUAACUUCCCCCUGACCUGCAGACAACGAUGACGACCGAAGAAAAACCUCCAAAUACUGAGCUCUGAAAUAUUCUUACUAGACCUCAGUAUGCUCCUUCAGUACCGAGCCCAGCCACACAAACAGGCAAGCAGCUCACCCACCUCCAUUGUGUCAUAACACCAGAAUGCUUUUGCAUGAAGUCACUCUCGCUCUAACUUUACAGAUAUUGCCCUCAAGUGCUGGUACUUUAUACUAUUGCCAUUUUCGAUGCUACAGUUUCUCAGGGAACAUGCCACUCCCCUGAGUUGCCUCCCGGAUAGUAAGGGAUAAGCGAGGGCCUAUUAGCUCUCUGGACCAAGGUGAAGGCAGCCAGCUGAGAAGGGCUGCUUGAGUUAAGCUCUUUAGCCUCUUUUUUUUCUCAAGCCUCACCGACACCCAGCUCCAGUAACCUUGAAACACACCACAGCCAAGGCGUAAACACAAACGAGCGUGCCUGUCUCUAAAAACACAGUCGCACACGCCACGUUUGAUUUGUAGUUUCUUUUGCUUUCUGCUGUUAAAGACCCCUCCAGCUCCCCCACCCCCCGGUCCCCAAGCUCACUCCGCCAUGUCGUUCCUGCUGAAGGCGAUGAUCGGAAAUCCGAUGAAGAACAUGGCCGGAGGAGCGGCGGAGGAGGAGGAGAAGAAGAAGGAGGAAGGCGAUGGGAAGGAGACCCCGCAGUCUAAAGGAAUGACCCGUGAGGAGUUUGAGGAGUACCAGAGGCAGCUGGUGGAGGAAAAGAUCGAGAGAGACAAGCAGUUUGCCCAGAAGAAGGCUGAGAGAGCCAGUCUGAGAAUUCUCAUGAGGGACAAACACCGACUGCCACAGAGUGAGAAGGAUGACGCUCAGAUUCAGAUAGUGGGUGGAGACGUGGAUCUGCCCGAAGACCUCGCCAAGAUGGUGGAGCAGGAUGAGGAAGAGGAGGAGGUCAACGACAGCCUGCUGGGAAAGAUCCAGAACAUGGACUUCGAAGUCAUCAAGACCAAAGCACAGACCACACUGACCGAGAUGAAAGAGGCGGCCGAGGAGAAGUGCGCUGUCAUGUGACCAGCAGAGAGACAGACAGACAGACUCACUGGCUGCUCUCCCCAUCUGGACUGUGCAUUCAGCCGCUGAACAAUCACUGCACAGCACCAAUCUGUGUUAUUCCCUCCCCAAGGUGACAGGUUCAACAGUACACUAUGUAAGUCAUGUCCCUAGCUCAGGGGUAGCCAAGGGGUUGGUUCUUCCAGUCCUGGUCUUUGUUCCAACCCUGUUCUAAAUUGUUGAAUUGAGCCAAUUAAAACUCCAUCCAUCCAGACCCUGCAGUAGUUCAUGAUCUCAUUUUACCUGUUAAACCUGGAGUGGAAUGAGCCUCCAGGACCGUGAUUGGACACUGACCCAGCCAAUCAGGCAAUACUUUCCUAUUUUACUGUUUACAAGAACAUCCCUGUGAAACCAUAUCAUGAAAUAUAUAAACCGGUCGCAGGUUUUGUAUUUUAUUUGAUUGAUUUAGCCCGGAAAUACCUGUUGAGACGACAUAUCAUUUCAAAAACAUAUACAGUGUCCAGUGGAGAAUUUCAUGUAGUUUUAGAAGCUUAACCCAUUGUCUUGCAUGCAUCUUAUAAGCAGGGGUGGAAAUGUGAAUUAGGUGGCACAGACACAGACUGUACGUUGUAAUAAAGAGACAAUGCUAGAUUGUUAAUCAUUAGUCUGGUGUUCAGUUAAGAACAUGAUUGGUCAAUGCUUCAACUACAACAGACCAUGUUUUUGUUUAUAAAUAUGUAUUUAAGAUUUGCAUUGAACAUUAGACAGCGCUCACAGAGACAGACCCUGGAGCUUUUAGACAGUUUGUAGUUCAGUGAUUGCUCUUACAGUAUAUACAGGGUGAUUAAAAAGUGACUGGGCAUAGUUGACACCCACUCACCUACGUAAUUGCCCUGAUUCCCGCAGUACAUCAAAUCUACCGCUAGGGGGAACUCUGGUGAUUCUAUAGUGACCUUUUUAUUAAAACAAGGCAAUUUUUCUUAUUUGCUAGAAAGUCACAGAAUAGGUUUUUUUUUUUCCGGCUUCAGAAGUCACGUCAAACUAUACCCUUUAAUUAUUGAAGCAUUUUAGCAUUGUAAACCAAGGCUGGAUUUUUUAGAGCACUUUACAGCACUGGGGAAUGGAUUGCAUGAAUCACCCAUCUGCAGUUAUUUUGGGAUUAAAAAUAGGUGGUUGAUGUCAUGCAGUGGCACUCCUUGGUGCUGUAAAAUGCUCUAAAAUAUCCUUCUGUAGGUUGUACCGGCAGGGAAUAGGUUGAUCAAAUCACCUACUUAAUAAAAAAAAACUAAAUGGACAGUUUUAUGUGCCGCAGAAUAAUCACAAUUCUAAAAAAAAAAAAAAAAAAAAUUGAAAAAGAAAAAGGCAAGGGAAGCCCCGAAGGAGAUUAAAAUCGGAACAUCUUAGAAUUAUUAUUCUUAUGAAUUGCUUCUUUGUAUCUUGUGAUUCCUUCCCUGUAAUCCAGCACCAGAGGGAACUGACAGAAGGAAGCGAUCAGACAAGGCUGAAGAUAAUAAAAUAUGUAUUUUGUAAUUCGGAUUGAUGCAACUGUUCCAGGAGAGAAAUUGCAAUGCUCUAUCUUUCUGUGAAAUUAACCCUGUGUGUGCUCUGGUGUCAUCUGCUAUACCUAGAGCUUGUCAAAGCGCACUAAAGCAUAGGACAACCUGCAACACUGGACAGGUGAAAACUGGUUCACUACAUUGCUGAUAUUAUUAUUAUCAGUAGUAAUUUACCUUGAUUGUGAUUUUAGCAGUUGUUUUUUUUGUCAGUACUGUUUGCCUCAAUUCUAGUGAGAUUUCAUAGAAGAGCAUGAAGUUUGUUUAAAAACGUGUAUGUUUUUCACAGGUUAUAAUAUCACAACAAAGCAGAGUCACUGUCAGCCUACUCUGAACAGGGACAUGUGUGUCUCACAAAUAAAAUGAUGCUAACUUUC